AUGAGUGAUGAAGAAGAUUGCCCUCCGCUGUGCGAUAUGGACACGACGGUAGAUGAUUCCAAUGGGGAGGACGACGAAUGGGAGAUUGCCGAGGAACAAAACGAUCCGGUGAAAUGUUUGUUCUGUGAAACUAUCUCACCAACGAUGACGGUAGCCAUACGUCAUGCCAAACAGCAGCACGAUUUUGAUCUUGCCGGUGUUCGAAGAAGGUUUUAUUUGGACGAGUAUUCGUACAUUAAAAUGAUCAACUAUAUUCGGCGCGAAAAACCAUCCCCGGAACUAUUUAAAACGGCUACAGGAAGCAGUUUACCGUGGGCUGAUGAUAAGUAUUUACAACCCGUAGAGAACGAAACUUGGUUGAUGUUCGAUCUGGACGAGUUAGAUGAAAUUAUGCUUAAUAAUGGCAGUGGUGGUAGUACGGGUGGUAAUGGUGUAUCGGGAGAGAAAGACAAUGGGAACGAUAUCGGGGAUACGAUGACGCUUACCACGGACCAGUACCGCAAACUACAGGGAAUAAUUAAUGACCUAACGGCGCAACUUCGUGAGAAGGAAAACCUGCUGCAGCAUGCCGCGAGCAGUAUAGAGAAAAUGAAGGAAAGCUUUCGCAAUGUGCUGGCGGAACAGCAGCAACCGAAUGGUAAAGCCGAGGAAGAUAGCCCUGGAGGCGAUAAAAAGUUAGAGCAGAUCAAGCGCAAGCUCGAGCAUUGUGUCAGCAGCGUGUCCGUGGAUGAUGAUCAGAGCUAUUUUAACACGUACUCUCACUUUGGAAUUCAUCAUGAUAUGUUGAGUGAUGAAGUACGCACCUCGAGCUAUCGGGACGCGAUCCUGCGUAAUACCGACAUUAUGAAGGAUAAAACGGUGCUUGAUUUGGGAUGCGGUACGGCCAUUCUAUCGAUGUUCGCAUCGAAAGCUGGAGCAAAGGAGGUAAUUUCUGUCGAUCAGUCGGAUAUCAUUUACCAGGCGAUGGACAUCGUGCGUAAGAACAACAUCGACAACAUACGGUUCGUGAAAGGGCGGCUGGAGGACACCGAACUGCCGGUAGCAAAGGUCGAUAUCAUUGUGUCCGAAUGGAUGGGUUACUUUUUGCUGUUCGAGGGUAUGAUGGACAGUGUAAUAUAUGCUCGCAAACAGUACCUCCGGGAUGGUGGUUUAAUAUUGCCUAACCGUUGUAACAUCAGCAUCGCCGGAUACGGUGAUCUUGAGCGGCACAAUGAAUUUAUCGGCUUUUGGAAGAACGUGUACGGGUUCGAUAUGUCGUGCAUGAAGAAGGAGGUGCUCCGGGAAGCAACGGUCGAAGUGUGCAAGCCGGAGCACAUCAUCACAAACGCGAAUAUUAUUGCAAACUUUGACCUGAUGGAAGUAGACGUAGACUGUCCUAAUUUUAGCUAUGAGUUUGAGCUGAAAGUGAAGCGAGAUACGCAGCUGACCGCAUUGAUUGGUUACUUUGACACAUUUUUUGAACUACCGGAACACAUCGAAUUUUCGACAUCGCCAUACUCACGGCCGACCCACUGGAAGCAGACAAUUUUCUACCUGGAGGAACCGGUACCGGUCAAGGAAGGGCAAACAAUUAACGGAAAGUUUGUCUGCCGCCGUGAUCCGAAAGACGUGCGUUCGUUGUUUAUCAAUAUUGAGGUUUUGAACAAGGUUCUAAAGUAUACACUUAACUAG